UUUUCCUUGCAUUUUUUAUUUUAGGGCAACCAGGGGCAAUGGAGGCGGUCGUGGCGGAUCUUCACAACCAGCUCGGGAAGAAGAGCAGCUUCGAGAGCGCGGCCACGGCGCUGGCAUCUCUCUUCCGCGAUCGCUAUGACGGGGCCACGGCGGCGGAGAAGAGAGCGAUGUACGCAGCUGCUUGCCGAGCGGGCUCGCUCCUUCAGAGCCGCUACACUGGAAAAGGAUUCUGGAUUGCUGGGCAGAUACUGUUUGAGGAAGCUGGAGAUGCCAUCACAGACCCGCAAGAGCAGGAGAACAUGAUGAACUGGCUCACUAAGGCUCGCGAGUUUCUCCACGAGGACGAAGACAAUUCACAGCCACAGCAGCAAGCGCGAGCAGGACCAAGCUCACCAUUUUUGUUCGAGGGACAAUUGACUGUCGAUCCGGAGCCACGACCUCCGCUAUGGCUUCUCGCUCCGACUACGUAUCAUUACGGACCGGCACAGCUUGAUGGUGAAGGCGAACAUGACGAUGAAGAGCUGGAGGAUUAUGUGCAGUCACUCACAGCGCUGGAGAACUUUGUGAUUGAACAGGCAGUUCGGCUAAGCCAGGAGCAGGAUACUCAGAAAGGACCACCUCCAGCUUCCAAGGACGAAGUCGCGAAGCUUUCCAUCGUACGCGUGACCGAGGAAGUGCUGAAGGGCCUGGGCGAUGGAACCGAGUGUGCAGUUUGCAGAGAAGUUUUGGUGGUCGGCGAUGAGAUGCAAGAGAUGCCUUGCAAGCACUACUUCCAUCCUCUCUGUCUCAAGCCAUGGCUGGAGGAACACAACUCGUGCCCGGUUUGCAGGUACGAGAUGCGCACCGACGACCACGAGUACGAGAGCAGAAAGGAGCGCGAAGCGGAAGCCGAAGCCGAGAGGAAAGGUGCGGCCAAUGCACUUCCGGGUCUCGACUUCAUGUACGUAUAAGUAGAUUAGAAGCGAUUGUGGAACAACUUUUGUUCCCCUAGGGCAGUACGUACUAAUAAAACAGGAUAGAUCUUCAGCGCCA